AUGCUACCGGCACCCAAUCAGCAGCAAGAAGGAAAUAGUAGUAACGAGAAGAAUUUAGAGGGUAAAGGUUCUGGUUCUACCACCGCGCCUACACAGCCAAUAAUUGCCGGUGAGCAGGCAAAACCAGAUCCCCAAAAGGAGGCGGGGCAAGGUAACAAGCCAAAUCACGUUAAGAGAUUAUCAAGUGUAGGCCUACAAGUUGAAUCAGUUUUACAGCGAAAAACAGGGAAUUUGAAGGAGAUAUAUUCAUUGGGAAGGAAGUUAGGACAAGGGCAAUUUGGGACAACAUUCUUAUGUGUGGAGAAAGAAACUGGAAAAGAAUUUGCGUGCAAAUCAAUUGCUAAGAGGAAAUUGGUUAGUGAGGACGAUGUGGAGGACGUAAGAAGAGAGAUUCAGAUAAUGCACCACUUAGCAGGGCACCCGAAUGUUAUAUCCAUUGCGGGAGCUUACGAAGAUGCAGUUGCAUUUCAUCCUCACAUUGAUGAAUUUCAUUAUGCUCCUACUUUCACUAUUAGGAAUACAUCUGGACAUCAUGAAUCUCCUCCUGCAGAUUCUUCCAUUUCUUUACCUCCACACUCACCUGCAGGCAUUGCUUUUUCCAAUCUUAAUCAUGGAGAACUACUGAAGCGGAAGAAUUUAAUUGAGCUUGUAGAUGAAUCUCCAGCUCCCAUAACUGGUUAUAUGAGGAACACAGAUGGAGCAGUUUCUGGACUAUCCGAUUCAUCAAAAGCACCACGAUACAUUGAUACACGUGUGGAUGAAUUAUUUCCUGUCCGAAAAAACAGUAUUACGCUUCGGAUGCUUUCCAAGAAGGAAAAUGUUAAGGAAAAUUUUCCAAUUGAGCAUAUUGGCGGCCUGAAGAAUCCCCCUGUCAUUAUGAAUGUGGAGGCCAAGCCUCAACAGCCAAAUUUGUGUACUUUUGCUUCAAGAGGUGGCAUAGACUGCACAAAUAAAACUGAUAUGACUGGAAAAUGUAGUAACAGUACCUUCCAGAGUGUCACACAGCUAUCGCAGGGUGGUGAAAAUUUAAAUGGCCUGCCAUUAGUUGACAUGGACAAGGCUUUAAAAGGACUCGUUUCAUGUGAAUCCCUUACUGCUUCAGUUCCACUCAGUGAGUCUACUGAUAUAACUGGAGCUAUAUCAGCAUUGACCAUAUCUGGGGCAGGAGGGCAAGUGGACUUCUUGAGUAAACGGCAACAAGUGUGGGAGGAUUCAUUUCGGAGUCUUUACUACAUGCUUCGGAAGAAGAUUUGUGACCUAUUUUAUGUCUGCACUGCGCAGUUUGUAGUCAUGUUCACUGGGUGUAAUGGUUCAGUGCGCACUAAACGCUCCUGCUGUGCCUACAUAUCUCGCUCAACAAGAUAUUUAAGGUCACUGUUGAAAGAACAGGAUGUUUCUUUUUCUAUGCCGCUUUGCAAAUCCAAAGUGGAGGAAAUUAUUGCUGAAGACUUGGUUGAACUUUCAGAAAUCGAAAAAUACAAUCUUGGAGAGACUCGACGCCUAGAGACCCUGACUGGUGUUGAUAACAGCCCAGAAUCUUUGUUGAUGUUUACUGGAAAUAAGAAUGUACAUGGAUUGUACGAUUUUCUACUAAAUUAUAGAUCCUUUUUGGCCUCUUUGACGGGUGUGGAUGUUCCUGUGUUGUAUUCACCAGUACCUUUUCAGAAUGCUGCUCUCUUUGCUCCAGAGGUUAGAUGCAAAGAGGUGAGGAGAGCUGAUCAUAUAGCUUCCCAGCUGAAGGGGACUAGUAUUGAUGGUGAACCUUAUCAGGGUUCGUCUGCGGGUAUCUGUUAUAUUGUUGAAAUUAAGGAUGUCUAUCUUCCCCCAUGGGUAAUUUCUGAAGUAUGCGAUGCUAUGCAGUCUAAUGGGACUGACUUCGAAGCCAACUUUAUAACAGAAUCCUUGUCAAUUGGUUUAAAUGUUGGUCUGGGUGUAGCCAGAGAACAACCGGAUCAGCAAGCUACAGCAGGGAAACCAUUGCAAGAAAGUGGUGAUUCUGUUGGUAUUCGAAACACCACUCUUUCUUCUCAAAUGCGUUCUGCAUUUUUGAAGGGAUUGAAACACGGCAUUUGUACACAGUGUAUUUUGGCUCUAUCUAAUCUAAGUGAUACUUGUGAAUCCAACUUUGAUGCAUUCCUUUCCUUGGCCCUUCAAGCUCGAUCAAUCUGGAAUAGAGGGUGGGCUGUUGCAUCGACAGUGCUUGUUCACUUAGGUUUGGCCCACGUACAAGAAAAUAACGGGUGGAAUUUGGCUUAUAGUUUUCUCCAGACAAGCAUACGUGGGCCCUACCUGUGA